CCCAGUUCAAAUUACCUUAUCACUCCUAUUGCUUUUACCUACUUAGGCAUUGCUGCAUUCAGAAGAAUGGAAUGUCUCUCAAAAAAGUGACAGACAAACAAAUAAGAGUUAAUUCACUUUUAUCACUAAAUAUUUCUUUCCCUCUUUUUAGAACUCCAACACAAAGGGCCUUGAUACCUUACCUCCAAAAUUGUUUGCUACAUCAACUAAAUGUGCAGCUUCUUGAUCAAAUCAUUCUUUCCUUGAAACCCUGAUGAAGCUGCAACAGUAGCUUGUGUAGUAUCAUAUAUGAUGAUAAACUUAAUAGUUUUCUUGUGCAUUAAAUUAGUGGGAUUUCUUGAGAGCACCAACUUGUUGGUAACUUGAGAGAGGAGCUAAGGUAGCAGAAAAAGGAGCAUGAAGUUGGUGGUGGAAGUUAUAGAUGCUCAUGAUCUCAUGCCCAAAGACGGCCUUGGAUCAGCCAGUCCAUACGUCGAAGUCGAUUUCCAAAACCAGCUGAGUCGAACCAAAACCAUCCCCAAAAACCUCAACCCCAUUUGGAACCAGAAGCUCUUGUUUGAUCUCGACAGCCACCACCUCCAUUCUAGCAUUGAGGUCUCCGUGUACCACGAGAGGCGGCCUGUCCCCGGCAGGAGCUUUCUUGGGAGGGUUAGGAUCUCUUGCUCGAAUCUUGUCUCCAAAGGCGACCAAGUUUAUCAGUCUUUCCAGCUUGAGAGCAAGUCUUUCCUUUCAUUUGUUAAAGGUGAGAUUGGCCUCAAAAUCUAUACUUCGUCAUCAGAAUCUCAUCAUCCUAAUAAUUCUACUCCUAAAAUCAGCAGCCUUCCUACUACUACUACUACUACUCAAGCCCCCAUUGUUGAUGAUUCUAUCACGUUGAUACAAGUCAAAGGCAACACUAAAACUCAUACAAAUCAAGCAGAAACCGCCUCCGCUACCAGAAUUCCGAUUCAAGAAGCUCAUACUAGUGUGAUUGAAGAGUGUGGUGGAGUUAGAUCAGAAACCACUCGCCACAUUCACAAGCAUCAGCAAUCAACCCCUUCAUCGGUGACUAGAACAGACCGCGUGCAUCAUCUCACAAUGCAGCAGCAACAGCAAACCGGACCUAAGUUGCGGAGGAGAGCAGAGCACGAGCCCAACGUACGAUCUCAGGGAGACGACGACUUUGAGGUGAAGGAAGCGAGCCUCCACCUGGGCGAGCAGUGGCCUAACAACGGCGGGAGAGCGUGGAUGAGCGGUGAGAGAAUGGCGGCCACGUUAGACCUCGUGGAGCAGAUGUAUUACCUCUACGUCCGAGUAGUGAAGGCCAAGGAUCUGGCGGUCAGCGCCAUCACGGCUAGCUGCGACCCUUACGUGGAGGUGAAGCUCGGCAACUACAAAGGCAGAACACGGCACGUGGAGAGGAAGACGAGCCCCGAAUGGAACCAGGUUUUCGCCUUCUCGAAAGAGCGAAUCCAGUCGUCCAUUCUGGAGGUGUUGGUGAAGGACAAGGAGAUGGUGGGGAGGGACGAGUGUCUGGGCAGAGUAGUGUUUGAUCUGAAUGAGAUCCCGACGAGAGUCCCGCCCGACAGCCCUCUGGCGCCGCAGUGGUACAGAAUGGAGGGGAAGGCGAGAGGCGAAGUGAUGGUGGCGGUGUGGAUGGGAAGUCAAGCAGAUGAGGCAUUCACAGAGGCAUGGCAUGCGGAUGCUGCCUCCGUGCAUGGAGAGGGCGUCUAUAACAUAAGGUCCAAGGUGUACGUGUCGCCUAAGAUGUGGUACCUGAGAGUGAACGUCAUCGAAGCUCAAGACGUGGUCCCGGGCGAGCGGAGCCGCCUCCCGGAGGUGGCGGUGAAGGUGCAAGUGGGGAGUCAGGUGCUGAGAACAGGGGUUUGCCCCAACAGGACAGCCAAUCCGAUUUGGAACGAGGAUCUCCUGUUCGUGGCUGCGGAGCCGUUUGAAGAGCAUCUCGUGUUGACUGUUGAGGAUCAGAUUCAUGAGUCCAAGGAUGAUGUUCUGGGAAGCAUAACCCUGCCUCUGGAUUCGGUGGAGAAGCGGCUGGAUCACCGGCCUGUGCAUUCACGGUGGUUCAAUCUUGAUCGCAGGAGAGUCCACAAAUUCUCAAGCAGAAUACAUUUACGAGUGUGUUUGGAAGGAGGGUACCACGUGCUGGACGAGUCCACCAUGUACAUAAGCGACCAACGCCCCACCGCGAAGCAGCUGUGGAAGCCCCCCGUGGGCGUGCUGGAGGUGGGGAUCGUCAGCGCGCAGGGGCUGCUGCCCAUGAAGAUGAAGGAAGGCAGGGGAAGCACAGACGCUUAUUGCGUGGCCAAGUACGGCCAGAAAUGGGUGAGGACGAGGACCAUACUCGACACUUUUAGCCCCAAGUGGAACGAGCAGUACACUUGGGAAGUCUACGAUCCCUGCACUGUCAUCACGCUCGGCGUCUUCGACAACUCCCACUUGGGCGGCGGCGGCGGCGGAGUUCGCGACACGAGGAUAGGGAAGGUGAGGAUACGGGUGUCGACGUUGGAAGCCCACCGCGUGUACACGCACUCGUAUCCGCUGCUGCUGCUGCAUCCGUCUGGUGUGAAGAAGAUGGGGGAGAUCUCACUGGCGGUGAGAUUCACCUCUCUCUCGCUCGCCCACACCAUCUACAUCUACGCUCAACCCUUACUCCCCAAGAUGCACUACCUCCACCCCUUCACGGUCAACCAGGUUGAAAACUUGAGGUACCAGGCGAUGAACAUCGUGGCGGCGCGGCUGGGGCGAGCGGAGCCGCCGCUGAGGAAGGAGGUGGUGGAGUACAUGCUGGAUGUGGACUCGCACAUGUGGAGCAUGCGGCGGAGCAAGGCCAACUUCUUUAGGAUGACGGCGCUCCUCUCCGGCGCGAUGUCGAUGAACCGGUGGUUCGAGGAUGUGUGCAACUGGAAGAAUCCGGUGACGUCGGUGCUGGUGCACGUGCUGUUCCUGAUACUGAUAUGGUACCCGGAGCUGAUCCUGCCGACGGCGUUCCUCUACGCGUUCGUGAUCGGGGUGUGGAACUACAGGGUGCGGGCGAGGCAGCCGGCGCACAUGGACGCGCGGCUGUCGUGGGCGGAGGCGGUGCAGCCGGACGAGCUGGACGAGGAGUUCGACACGUUCCCGACGUCGAGGCAGGGGGAGGUGGUGCGGAUGAGGUACGACAGGCUGAGGAGCGUGGCGGGGAGGAUUCAGACGGUGGUGGGGGACGUGGCGACGCAGGGGGAGAGGUUUCACUCGCUGCUCAGCUGGAGGGAUCCCAGGGCCACCAGCCUCUUCCUGGUGUUCUGCCUCGGCGCGGCGGUGCUGCUCUACGUCACGCCGCUGCGCCUGCUGCUGCUGGCGGCGGGGCUGCAUGUCAUGAGGCACCCCAGGUUUAGGAGCAAGCUGCCCUCCAUUCCGAGUAACUUUUUCAGGAGAUUGACUGCCAGGACGGACAGUAUGCUCUGAUCAUCCACUUAAUUUCUCCUAUCUUUUCUUUUGCUUGUGUAAUUUGUUGAUUUCUGUUAUGGUGUAAAUAGGCGUUGUAAUAAAUUAAGGGAAAUGUGUCUUGUUAUUUGCUAGUUCAUUGUUGUUUUGAUGAAUAAGGAUUAAUGGUGGCAAAAAGUUCAUGCAUGUUUCAUGUUUCCUCUUCAA